AUGAAGGACGAAGUGAAUAGUGCAGCAGAUUUUCUCGCUAGAUUGCUGCUGGCGAGAAAUGUAGCAUCUAACGUGGUUGAGAAUUUCAGGAAGAAACUCACAAACCUGUUGAUGAAUCACUACCAGGAUCACUGGUUUCCGGACAAGCCCUUCAAAGGUAGCGGCUACCGCUGCAUUCGUUUCCACCACCGAGUCGAUCCCAUUGUUGAAAAAGCGAGCCGAUCUUGUGGACUGUCUCUAGAUGUCACGAGAUCGCUGUUCCCUCAAGAACUGACGAUGUGGAUAGACCCGAGAGAUGUGUCCUACCGCAUCGGUGACAACGGCAGCAUUGGAGUGCUGUUUGGUACGGGCGCUGUCGUCGACAACGGCAGCAGUUCGGAGCUGGGAUCCACUCAUCAGCAGCAGCACCAGCACCAGUCGGAAACGACACUUUCAACGUGCGGACAGCAGGCCUAUGGAAACCUUCAUCAGCAGUUUCAGUACCAUACUGAAAUGGCCAUGGUUUAUUCGUAG